AUGGAGAAGCGGGGAUUUCGCGAUCCAAAGAACAGUCAUGCAAAUUCUUCUACUGAAACUUCCAGGAAAACCGCAUCGAAACCUCUCAGGGGAUUCUGCAGAUUAUAUGAAAGAAAUCGGUUCUCCACUCAAAGACGUACUAAUCGAGCAUUGCUGCUCCGAGUGGAAGGUGCUCGUUCACCGUUUCUUGGUAGAUUAGAGUCCUUGGUACCUAACCAUGUGGGGACUGUUCCCGCUUUGACCUUGGUCAGCGUGACCUUGGUAGCGGCGUUGCCGGCGGCGCAACAGAACACCGGUAGCCUCGACAGUCUGAUCAACCAGGCUUUUCCCGAAGUCAAGACGUCGACCACCCCUCAACCGGUGCCACAAAUAGACGGUGAUCUCGAUACUCUGAUUCAGGACGUUUUUCAGAACCAGAACGUCACCACCACUACAAACAAUAUCAUUCUCGGCUCGCAAAAUACACCACCCACACCACCCAAACCCGACAAUUGUGAAUGCGUGCCCUACUAUCAGUGCAAAGAAGGCAAAAUCUUGGACAACGGGGUCGGCAUCAUCGAUAUCAGAACUCUUGGACCAUGCGAGAAUUACUUGGACGUUUGUUGCAAACCGCCGGAUCUACAGCCACCAGCCACACCGCCACCGAUCGGUAGAACCGGAUGUGGACAACGACAUGCUGAGGGAGUCGGUUUUAGGAUCACCGGACAGACCGAUAACGAGGCACAGUUUGGCGAGUUUCCGUGGAUGGUGGCUAUUUUGAAAGAGGCAAUUGGCGAAAACGGUCAAAAAUUGAAUGUUUAUCAAUGCGGCGGUGCACUUAUCCACCGACAAGCCGUUCUCACUGCGGCUCAUUGCAUUAAUGGAAAACAACCGCAAGAACUCAAAGUCCGCGCUGGAGAAUGGGACACGCAAACGAAAAACGAGAUCUAUCCGCACCAAGACCGCGACGUCGAGCAAGUUGUAGUUCACGAGAACUUCCAUUCCGGCGCUCUUUACAACGAUUAUGCUAUACUGAUAUUGAAAAACCCGGUCGAAUAUGCAGAGAACGUAGAUAUCGUUUGUCUACCGGAACGGAAUAAACAUUUUGACGGAUCGAGAUGCUUUGCCAGCGGAUGGGGAAAAGACGUAUUCGGCAAAGAGGGGCGCUAUCAAGUGAUCUUAAAGAGAGUUAAUCUUCCUGUGGUAACUCACGAUACAUGCCAAAGUAUCAUGCGUACCACUAGACUGGGGAAAUAUUUUGUUCUGGAUAGAAGUUUCAUCUGUGCGGGUGGAGAAGUAGGGAAAGAUACUUGCAAGGGUGACGGUGGAAGUCCCUUAGUAUGUCCCUUAAAGAACGAUCCGAGCAGAUACGUUCAAGCUGGAAUCGUGGCCUGGGGACUUGGUUGCGGGGAUGGAACUCCUGGAGUUUAUGCUAAUGUAGCUCACGCACGCCGAUGGAUCGACGAGCAGAUAGCUUUCUAUAAUCUUGAUAACACUGUUUAUCAGUAUCCCAACUGAUCGUCGCGCUCUCAUCCAACGUGCCAAUCAUUUAUGAAUUACAAGUUUUUCCUUUUUUUUGUCAUACUCAUCACGAAUUGUGCAACGUUUGUUGUACUGAGUUUUAUACGCUAAACAACACCACUCAAGAAAUGUGAUGUAAAAAUAUUGACAAGUUAUAUGUUAAUUUAAUACUCAGAUGAUCCAUGAUAGAAUAAAUUUAGUGGCCUCUUUAAUAUUAAGAAUCCCGUGUCUAUGUACUUUAUUUUUACGUUUGUAGGCUGAAUCAUACGCAUUUGAAAGUGAUCGUAGAUAUAUGACAAAGACGAAUAAUCGUCAAAAUCAAUGUGUGGCAUUUUAUGUGUAUAAUGCGUAAGCGAAUAAUACAUUUUUAUUAAAACUGGAA